AUGGGAGGCGCGCCAAGCACCCAGCGCAAGGUGAAGCCAGCGAGUACACCGUUAGACCCGAACUCUCCCUUCGGCUACAGACUGGACAACGCCCGCCAGGUCAUCCACUCUUCCUGCAAAAAUAUUCAGGCAGAACUAGGGAGGGGCAAGGCUAAAACCAUACAGAUAUUAAGACAUUAUCUAUUCCGUUUCGCACAGCAAAAUCUAGACUCGCUCCAGGCGCUGUACUACAGCCACAAGUCUAUCCAGUCUCAGGUCUGCCAGGAGAUGGCCAAGGCAGGCCUGCCUAAGAUCAUGCUCGACACGGCACAGACGUUCUUGGUAAUAACUACAGGAUCGGAGAACGUCAAGCCGAACAUCAAACUUCUGGAGUCCUUGUUUAGCGCCGCCGUGCGGUUCUGCAGGGGAAGUGCAGACUUCAGCAGACACCUUGCUGACUGUGGAAUGCCAGCUCUACUGGUGGACUUACUGGAGGACCCUAAAAUCAAGGAGGCCAAUAGCCGGGGAGCGAGGGACAUGCUCGAGGUGUUGGGGCACUGCGUGGCCUGUCUGCCGGCCAACAGCGAGGUGCGCCCUCUGGCGACCAAAGUGGUGGACAGCUACCUGAACACCCCCGGCCAGCACAGCGUGGAGAGGGCGGCAUAUCUCUCCACCAAACUCAUGGGCAGCGAGGGAAAGACACCUCCGCCUGUGGUAACGAUCACGACUCCGAUGAAGCCACCUGGCAAAGACGCUAAGGGGAACGACCCGAAGGUUAAUGACCCCGCUAACGGGACGAAGGCCACGUCCACUGCACCUGCGCCUGCAGACAAGUCUGUCCCGGCAGGGGUCGCUCCUAAGGGCUAACUCGGAGACUUUGAACAUCAGAGUGAUCAUAAUUGUCGCUGCACGUUAUAUUCCAAUAGAGAAAUACGUUUUCACGACAUCGUUACUUCAUUUCAAUGGUUUAUUCAGUAAGGAGUCCGCGGGCUUGAAACCCGAAAUACGUCUUCAUUACAGUGGGUUUCACAACAAUCCACAUAACCAUCUUAAGACUAGCUUAACUUUCGAAAGUGAUCAUUGCACAAUUAAAAUCUAAUCAUAUCUAUGUAAUUUAGUGAAACCGCUAAUCAUCUGUGUUUCCCGGUAUGACAUUUUGAUUAUCUCGUUGUACAGUCUAAUCGCACAGUGAUAACGUUAUGAUGCGUGCGUUAACAGGUUUUUGCACAAUCACUCUCUCCGUCUGCACUCAGAGAAAAAAUAAUAGGUACUCUGUGCACUUUUGUUGUAGAGCCAUCAAAAUGCAACGGAAAAUUCUUACCUAAUGUGUAAGAGGUUACUCUGUAUUAGCUUGCACAGAAGAAAAUGUAAAUAGGACAUGACAGCGGUGAAUUUAAUUUGUAUAUUCAUUGGCGCAUGUCUCCGAAUCGCAAUGGUCUGUAUAAAUGUAUCAAUGCUUUGAAAAAAAGUUUUCUUCUACGUUUUCUCAUUUGUCACGUAUGACACAUAGUACGUGACAUGCAUGACGUCAUUAUGUUCCUUUCCUUCUUCACUUUGCCGCAUCAUAGUUGGUGCCGAUGCGGGCCUCCGCCGCCUGUCAUUCUCUUUUAUCCGGUACCUUCUCGCAGGUGUACCGUGUAACCAAACUUUUCUAAUUCCAUGUUUACUGUUAACUGUCCAUGUCACAUUUGAUUGUACAGUUUGUGUGUUUUCUUGCAAUCUUCAAGAAAUAAAUGCGUGUGAUACUUCUGGCAUAUUCCAUCAAAUAUUUGCCUUAUUUAGUCGAUUAUUUAGGCUAACGUCAUAAUUCCAAACCGGGGCCCGGUUAGG